UUACCUACCUGUAUGUGAAAGGCAAGAGACUGACGUCUCCGCGCAGUGACAAUUUAUUACCUCGGUGAGGCGGGACAGAGGAAGUCAGUCCAAGAGGGGCUUAUCGGCAUCUUUGAUAUAAAAUGCUCAGCAAAUACCUGACAAGCAGGAAUAUCACAAAAGUAUCGUUGGCGGUCAUCUUCGAAUCGAAGGGAACCCACGUGUGAGGAAAUUCUUCUUGAGUUCUGAAAAAAAAAAAAAAACGGAAUCAGAAAGUGAAACUGUACUUUAAAAGUUUACGUUAGCCCCGAAGUUUUUGACUCGCUCCAAAAGUUUGUUAUUUUUCACUUCCAGAAAAAAAGAAACGCGAGACACGCAGGAGCUUCAGUACAUAAUUGCUGCUUGUAAUUUAAGAAAAAGAUGUGUCCUACCAGUGACUCGGAGAUGAACGGCACACAGAUGGGAGACACUGAGGCGAGCGGCAUGGAGUUCCAGAUUUUGAUGGCCUAUGCACAGCGCAGGAAGCCUGAGCUCAAAGCACAGCGGAGCCCCUCGGAGGAGAGACCCAGCCCUCCAGCUCCGGAACGCAAGAAGAGAUGGCCCAGGUGGAAGAAGCUGGUUCCCAAGUGCGUGCGCCCACAGGAGGAAAAGCCCUUGGAGCAACUAGCACCUGCAAGGGCCCAAAGUAACAAACCCAACGUGGGCUUUGGAAACUCCCAUUGUGAUCCCGCUGAAGAAAAGGAUGCCCCUGAUAAAAUAGCAGAUAAACUCCACAAGAUCGUGGAUUCAAGGCAGACCCUGCAAAAGGUGUUACUACUGUCAGACAGCAUUGAAUCUGACGGCAUUGAAGAUGAAGAGCAGUAUGUUAUUCAGAGGCUGGUGGAGCUGUUAAAAGAAUCUGGAGACAAGUUGAACCAGGAGAUUAAGACAGACCAGCACCUUUCCAAAUGCUUCAAAGAGGCGUUCAGUUACUCACUCUUUAAGAAGGUGACGGACAUGUUCCUGGAGAGAGUCUGCUCCUCUGCAGCGCAGGAACCGUCCAGGAUCGCUUUCACUGCCGACAUCACCGCCAAGCUCACCUCCGUCGACAACCACCCCAUGAACCAGAGCAUGGGCUUCGGAGCCAAGUACCUGAGAGAGCACUUCAGCACCUGGGCUCAGAGUCAUGGGGGCUGGGAAAAGGCACUGAACAGCGCUGAGGAGGAGGAAGUAGACUAGUGUCCAGUUCUUCAGAGGCAAUUCUUUAGAAGAGAGAGACACGUUUUAAAAUGCAAAAAAUGAGCCACAGUAAACAUUUGAAAUUUCAGCUUGCAUCGCUGUCUCUAACUGGAGGGCCAAUGUAUAACAUGUAAUUGCGACACGGGAGGGACAGCUAGUAUUAGUACCUGCCAGCUGUAGCACACACUUUGGUGUUAAGGGUCUCUCUCUCGCAGCCUCAUUCUUUUGUGACGGAAGAGACACACCCCUGUUGCAAGCCUGUUUAUGUUCCGGUGGAUAAGAGAGCCAAUGGAACAGAUUUUGAUGAAGGGUUUAUGUCCGGUGCUCUGUUGGCAGGUGCUUUUUUGUCCCAGAUGAACAGUCUCAACCAGCCACUCUGAAGGACAGAUUGCCCCAAGCGCAGCUUCCCAGAAGGAAUUCAAGGGUGUUAACAAUUAAUGAUCUUGCACCUUUCCAGAACAAUUUAAACACCGUGUAGACACCCAGUGCACCUCUUCUGAUACUGCUAUUGUCGCUGUAGCUUCCCAGGUAUUGCAUUUGAAUCAGUUGCCUACAAAGUGUCAAUCAAUCACAGUUACAGAUUGCAGCAGUGCCCACAACACAAUAGCACAAAUACAUUUGUUUAAUAGUAAGUCCUUUUUUUGUGAUUCUAUAAUAAGUUCAUAUGUUUUGUGUCAGGGUGUUUUCUUGCUCAAACUGCACUCUUGGGGGAAUGUAGACCCUAAUAUUGAUGUUUGUAUUGGAUGGAAAUGGUAUCAUGGGUCAAAUGCAACAAAUUAAAAGGAGCGCACUAACUGA